CAAAAGUUUUAUGAAUGAAAUGUGUGUUUGCGACAAAGAGCAAGAGAGAACGGGAGAGACGGAUCGUACCGAGAGGAAAAAGCAAGAGUACGCGAGGCAACACACGACCAGCGCGCACCCCUUUUCGUUUUUCUACCGCGCUUUGGCUCGUGUCGUCUCGUGCCACUGACUUCCCUAAUGAUCGCCCUCGUAUUUUACCACUCACUGAUUGCCCUCAUUCAUUUCUGUCUCUCCUUCCUUAUUCCGAGUUAUUUUUCUCCCGGAAAAAUUCCAAAUUUGUUGUUUACCAAUUUCGAUGACAUUGAAACUGACCUUGGAACAACGUGGCGUCGUCCGAGGGCGACGACAAACUUCUGUUGGCCGACACUGCUCUGUCUGUCGUUUUUUUAAAACUCAACUUCAAAUACCCAAACUCGAUGGUGGAAGAACCAACUGAUUUUCUUCGACAAUUUCUUUCGGUCAGGACGUGGAUGGAGAUUUUUUUCAAACCACUUGCUACGAAGCUGAGACGAUCCGAUCGCCCGAAAGUUCGCAUCCAGCGAACGAGGAAAUGGGCAGAAAAGAGCGUGUGGUCCGAGGUCUGCGCCCUCGAUCUGGGAUUGAUUGCGGAAACCUCUCGAUUUACGAGAGAAGAGUGUGAGAAAAAAGAGGAGAAGAAAAUUUACAAGAGGCAAAAUAAUAUGGUGAAAGAAGCUUUUUCGAGGAACGGGAAAAUAAGAAAAGAACCGAAAUUCGAAGGACCAGCGGUGCUCGAGCCUCAAGAAUUUAUGAAAGAUACGAUUCUGAACGAGCAUCUCUACGCACGAGCAAAUUCGUUGGACAAUCUGGACGAGAGUAGAACAAUUUUCGAGGCGGAAAGGAAAAAGGUGAAAAAAUUAAUACGAGCGAGUCGGAAAGAAUCCAUUGUUUACAACCCUUUCAACGUUUUUCAUAAUCGCAAAAAUUUCGGGUUAUACAAGAAAAAAUGUAAUACUGGCGAGCCAACUCCAAUGAGACGAUGCAAGAAUAGUUUCAGCCAGAAGAGACAAAAAUUGAAGGUCCUCGAAGCGCGGGAUAAGAAAAAAAAGAACCGCAAAUUCGUUCGUGAAAAUCACUUGGAUGGCAGAAAAGAAAUUUGCGAUUCGCGACGAAAAACUUUGAAUACGAAAAAAAAUAAAAGAGGCCGAAAAAGGGCGGCUCGGUCGAAGAGCUUCGAAAAAUUGGAAAAAAAGGAAUACGAAGAAUCGGACAUGGACGAAUCGUUGCUGGUGAAUCCAUCGACUGAUCUGCCUCAAUCUCUGCUCGAGACGAUCGACAAUGAUUUUGCGUUGUGCAACCCCGAGUUCGACGUCAGUCGAGCCUUGAAUUUCGAGUCUGACACGCACUUUUCAUCGAGCUUCGAAUCCGUACAGCGGGAUUUGUGGAAAAAAGAGGAAGCGGCGGGAACUUUUGAAGGAAAUGCGAGAAACGAUUUUAUCGAAGAAAAGGGGAAAAGCAGCGCUGCCUCUUCGGACAACAACACCUCGACCAACGAUAAGAUCGAAGAAAGUGGCGCCCAACAAACUCGAGCUCAAAGGCGACUGCGAUCGGCCGAUCAAGCCGCAAUCGAUCGGAACAACAAAAAGGCUUCGUUACGAUUGAAUCAACAAAAAUGUAAGGAGGAAGCUCGUCCCCUGCGACGUCGUCGAUCCGCAGGAGAAGCGAGUGGGAAAGAAGAAAAAAGCGGUGACGAUAAAGCGUCGGUAAAACGUCGGAGAUCGGCGAACGAUGCUGCUUCAUCACACAAAACAGGAAAGAUCGAAGCAAAGCAAAAUCUCGAUAAGUAUUCGACGAAGGACGGAAGAGUAACGCGAUUGUCAACUCGAAAUUGCACGGCUCUUGAAAAAACAGAGAGUCGUGAGACAGGCACAGUCGUAUGGGGAAAUUGCAUGGGCUGGUGGCCAGGAUUAAUCGUCGGUUCCGAGGACGUUGGCAUGCUGAAAGAAGCCGGAAAGGCGUGGGUUUGUUGGAUCGGAGAAUACCGAAUAUCUCACUUGCGUGAAAAAACGCAGAUUCAACCGUUCUCCACGUGCUUGCGAGAGCGUAUGAUCGAGACGUUAAAAUCGAAGAGUCCUAAAGAUCCGAGUUACAAAGCUUGCAUAGAAACGCUCGAGAUGCUCAACAUCAAUCUGUUGGAUUUCGGUCCUAUAAACGAGCCUGGUCACGUUUGGGCUGAGAAGCAUUUGACGAGCCUCGAAAAUAUCGAUCGGUUGAUUCUCCGGCCUUAUCCACCCGAGGUCCAAGUGAGAUUGAACCAGUUGAAAAGGAGCAACUCCAAAGUAACGGCAAAAUAUUUAUUGCAGCAGAAAAUGAGCGCGGAAAAAGCAUCGAUGAAAAGUUGCAACUCGGUAAGGAGUACAACGACGAAAAAUACUUUCGUUCCCAUUCCCGGACAUUUGCCUCUGAUCAAGCAAAAGCCUGGGGUGAUCGCGUGGGCCAAAAUAAUGGGCCAAGUAUGGUGGCCAGCUGUAAUCGUCGAUUAUCGUGAUUUAAGCAUCCAAGAGCCCAGUUUCGGUUGCCAAUGGAUCGUUUGGUACGGCGAUUACACGAUGUCUCAGGUGAAUCACCGAUUUUUUCUCUCCUUCGAUAAUGGCAUGAGCCUGAUGAAAGAAUACGUGAGAAAUUGUAAACGAGAAUGUUACCGUCGUGGCGUUAUCGAUGCGGCAAAAGAUUACUGUUCUCGUCACGGCUACAAAACCGAGGGCUGGCAAAUGGAGCAAGUUUUCCACUGGUUCGAAACCGGCAACGGGGAAACGACCGGUAACGAAAAUUUCUCGGUGAAAAAUCUCUUGCCAGGAAUCCCUGGAAAUUCGAAUAUCAAUGAAAAAUAUCCUUCUCGCGUGCUCCAAGUGUUGCGUAAACACAAAGGUAAUUGUACCGUUGCUGCUGCGAGAGAACAGAUGAUUCGCGAAAGCGCGAGUCUUCGCCUCGUCGAGACUUGCCAAAUGAAAAUUGAGGAUUUGUGUCUGAUGUGCCUGGAGGAGUGUUCGCGAGGCUCCGAGAGUACGGAGCACCCUUAUUUCUUCGGCAAGCUGUGCGAGGAAUGUUCCGAAAAAUACAAACCUACGAUUUUCGCUUAUGGCGAAGACGGUAAAUGUUUCUUCUGCACAAUCUGUGCUGGCUCCGAUACCGUCGUUAUGUGCGACGCGGAGGACUGCCCUCGUGUCUAUUGCACAGCUUGCAUCAAAUAUCUCGUCGCUCCAAAAUUUUACAACGAAAUAUUGCUCCAAGACCCGUGGAUGUGUUUCGUGUGCGAUCCCUCGGAAGAUUCGACGAGAGAUGGAUCGUUGAAGCCAAGGUGCGAUUGGAAGGAUCACGUUUCUCAUCUUUUCCGUGCUAACCGUGAAUCGGUGCCAGAAAAGUUGGAGCUGUACAAAAAUGGAAAACGAAAGCUUCGGGUUUUGUCGCUGUUCGAUGGGAUCAGUGCCGGGCUCGUUGUUCUGAAAAAAUUGGGAAUACAGAUUGAGCUUUAUUACGCGAGUGAAAUUGACCCGGACGCUGAGAUGGUGAGCUCCGCUCACCACGGACAAGAAAUCAUACGUUUAGGUGAUGUAAGAUCAAUAGACGAAGAUAAAAUCCGUGAAAUCAUACCGAUCGAUCUUCUCCUCGGUGGUUCGCCCUGCAAUGAUCUCAGCCUCGUCAAUCCUCUGCGUCUCGGUCUCCACGAUCCGAACGGCACCGGUGUUCUCUUCUUCGAAUACAGCCGAAUUAAAAACUUUCUCGAAGCCCACAAUGGACAACACUUUUUCUGGUUGUUUGAAAACGUUGCCUCGAUGCCUAGCAAAUAUCGCAAUGAUAUAAGCAAACAUCUUGGACGCGAGCCCGAGCUCAUAGAUUCGGCCAAUUAUUCGCCUCAACACAGACCGCGGUUGUACUGGAGCAAUUUACCAAUCGUUUCCUUUCCACUCUCGACUCAAGAUCUCCAAGACGUUCUCAAUCCGAACUGCAAUCGUCAAGCUCUUGUUAAAAAAAUUCGCACCGUCACUACACGAGUCAAUUCGUUGAAACAGGGCAGAGAUGCUCUCAAACCCAUUCUCAUGAACGAGACUAACGACACCCUCUGGAUCACCGAGCUCGAAGAAAUUUUUGGAUUCCCUAAACAUUACACCGAUGUGAAAAAUUUAUGCGCAACCAAGAGACAAAAACUCAUCGCCAUGUCAUGGAGCGUUCAAACCAUCGUAGAAAUAAUGAGGCCACUUUGCAAUUUUUUUUAUACUCACAAUGACGAACUUGUCGGUUAAAUAUCGCGACGUUGAGACGCUACACUUAUUCUGGGA